ACGCCCGCGACGGUCCCAGAUCACUUUCACUUUCACUUUCACUUUCAUUUCCCCUCGUGCACAGCAUGGGCUCCCGCCCCUCCGUCGCCGACUACGAUCACCGCACCCUCGUCGCAGAGCAGCACCGCGAGCUGAUGGCCGCCCAAGCCCUAGAGUCCGACCACGACCUCGCCUUCCGCCUCCAGCUCGAGGAAGCCAUGGCCGCUUCCCUCUCCCUCCUCCCCUCCUCCUCCUCGCCCCCGCCCUCGCCCUCGCCCCAAACCCUAGCGCCGCCCGCCGACGCCGCCUCCCCCUCCUUCGCCUUCCUCCAGUCCGACGAGCUCUCCAGGUUCCGGCGAGAGCUCGAGGACCGCGAGCUGAGCGAGGCCGAGGCGAGGCGCGGCCGGGAGGAUCUCCACCGCCGGAUCCACGAUCAGAAGGUCGCCACCGAGAUCAUGACCAUCCCCGACGACGACUGGGAAGACUGGGGGGAUGAGUUCGAGCGGCCUUUCGGCGAGGGCUCUUCCAAGGAUCGCGGCGGCGGCCGCGGCGGCGACGUGUUUAGGUUGUAUUGCAAGGGUUUGGUCAGUGACGAGAGGGCCGAGGGGCAGAAGAGCAAUUCCGUCUUUGCGGGGAUCGGAGUCGCGGUUUGUGAUUUUAGGGGGAAUUUGAUAUUCGAAGUGACGAAGCCAUUGAUCGGGCCCGGGACGAGCAAGAGCAAGGCCGGCGUCGAGGCCACGGCGUUGGUUGAAGGCCUUAAUGCUGCUUUGGCGUUGGAGUUGAAGAGGAUUGCGUUUUACUGCGAUUACUUCCCGCUUUACCAGUUUGUUACUCGUAGAUGGACACCGAAGCAGCACAAGGUCAUGGCAUUAGUUGAAGAGGUGACUCUUCUUAGAAGAAAAUUCGAUCAGUGCAAUUUCUUGUUGGUAGCACGAAAUGAGUUUAAAUUUGCCUUUAAACUUGCAAGAGAUGCCAUAACUUCCCAGAUUGUGAAGUGUGCAGACGGUGUUGCCAGCAAGAAUCCAAAGGAGACCUGUGUAAUCUGUUUAGAAGAUACUGACGUGAGUCAGAUAUUUGCGGUUGAUGGAUGCUUGCACCGCUAUUGCUUUUCUUGCAUGAGACAGCAUGUAGAGGUGAAGUUGCUCCAUGGUAUGGUGCCAAGAUGUCCUCAUGAGGGAUGUAAAUCUGAUCUUAAUGUCAGCAGCUGCAGUAAAUUUUUGACACCUAAACUAAUUGAGAUGAUGACCCAGCAGUUAAAGGAAGCCUCAAUCCCUGUUACAGAGAAAAUAUAUUGCCCUUAUCCCGUGUGCUCUGCAUUGAUGUCAAAAACUGAAGCUUCAGAAUGCUCAACCACUUCUGGUGUUGCGAGAUCCGGAGCAAGGAAAUGCAUAAAAUGUCAUAGACUCUUCUGUAUCAAUUGCAAGGUUCCUUGGCAUAGUGGUUUGACAUGCUUGGCCUAUAAAGUAUUGCAUCCUCUUCCUCCUGCUGAAGAUGCAAAGCUGAAGUCUCUUGCUUCCCUGAAUUUAUGGCGUCAGUGUGUCAAAUGCAAUCAUAUGAUCGAACUUUCUGAAGGCUGUUACCACAUGACUUGCAGAUGUGGCUAUGAGUUUUGCUACAAUUGUGGUGCGGAGUGGAAGAAUAAAAAAGCUACAUGUUCUUGUCCGCUGUGGGAGGAAGACAAUAUUUUGUAUGAUGAUGACGGGAUUUCUGAUAGUGAAGGCAGUGAAGAUGAGGAAAAUGAAGAAUGGUAUGGUGACUCGGAUGAUGAGUAUGUGUCCGUAACAGCAUAGUAAUAAUAUUUAUUCUCUCAGUACUUGCCUUUUCCCUGACGGGAUAUCAUCUGUUCAUAAUGGCAAACCUUGACAUGUAUAGGUAUAGUUAGGUCGGACUUUUUCUUUUUUUUCAUCUCUUUUGGUGGACAAAUACAUUGAAAUAAUGAUCGGGCAUAUCAAUUUGCAAGCAUACAGAUUGUAAAGAAUGAAUGAGUAAAGCAGAUGCUUCCUGCAUUACUUUGAGAUAAA